AUGGCCUGUGAUCUCAAAGGAUAUGUUCAAAUCUGUUUAUUUCUUACACUGGUCACUCUAUCUUGCGGGGAUCCACAGUUAGAUCUACCACCUUUACCACAAGUUUCUACGCAACGCAACCCUUAUGGCUUUGGAAUAUCCAGCACUCAAUCCACAAAUAAUCAAGGAAAUCAAUAUGAUUUAAACAGAAACUUUCAAUUUAGUACUGGGAGGCCUCAAAGCUCGGUGACACCAGGUGUCUAUCCAGUGUCUUCGAAUCCUCCCAGGAUAAACCCAGACAUAAGUAGUAAUGGCUAUCCUAGCAUUGAUUAUGGAACUGGGAUUGUGAGGACUCCAAGCUCAACCCUUCGUCCAUAUGAUGAUAGAAACCGUGAUGAUCGAAUAGACAUAAAUAGUGAUGCCAAUUUUAGAAGAAAUGAUCCCAAUUUUGUUAGAAGCGAUCCCAAUUAUGUUGGGACUAAUCCAUAUUCCUUUAAUAGAGAUGGGAACACUAAUUCUAUAGAUGAUAGGUUAAAUUAUGUCAAUAUACAGCAAGUGAGGGAUUUUCUACUUAGAGCUGAUGAUCAAGCAUCUAAGGAGUGUACAAAUAACGUGGCUGCCCAAUGGAAUUUCGAAACAGAUGUUAAUGAUGCAACCCAACACGCUGCUCACGAUCUAGUUCCAUGG